GCGCAACGGUCCAGGAUGUUCAUAAACAUUCAGUCGACGGGAACAUCGCCUACUAAAAUGGCAUUUACUGCUACUCAUCAUAGACGCUUUUGUACUUCAGGUAUACACGCUAGCCUCGCGUCAACCUUAAAAAGGUCUUGCAAGUUACAUGGGCAUCGAGAAAUUUGUCAGUGCUGUAAUAAUGGGCCACGCUGGUCGGAAUGAGGAAAUAGAAUCCCAUCGACACCACCGCAUCAGAAAGAUAAGCAGGAUUUUGACAACUUUCAAAAAUGAUCCAUCUCAUGACCGUUCUUAUGUAAAUAGGCAGCUUGAGGAAGUGAUUUUGCACUCUGAGCAGCAUUGCGGGCAAUUUCGGAUUUCUUAUCGAUAGUCUUGAAAUUAAUCCGGCCCUCGUGGGAUCUCGUGCGACUGGCGAUCCAUCUUCGAACAAGGUGGCCUCAUCAUAGUAGACCGCAUUACUGAAAGCUUACCUUUUCAUAGGACACGGACUGGGUAUAUGGGUCAGAUUGUCUUCCGUACUGAUUCAAUCCUGUCAGCUCAGCUGAUAGGUGAGUGCUGAUGAUGAUCAGCCAAAAGUUUAAAUAUACUGUUACUGGACAAAUGUUGAUAAGUACUAGGGAUGUCCGGGGGCCUUGUUAUCGAUACGAUUGCGAUAUUCGUUUCGGUACCGUUAUACAGACAGUCGUUAAUGAGUCAAAGGAAAACCAGGAUAAAUCAAAAGACGAAUCUGCUUGAAUUUCAGAACCUCAAAAGUGAAUACUAUGUCAAAUACUCUAGACUUGUCAACAGCAGAAGCAGUUUCUCGUUAUCUCGAGGGUUCAGAAUCCUUCGCUUCUCAUCUUGUUACGCCAUUGUCUGGGGGUUUCUGCAACUUCACAUAUCGGAUACACCUUCGCAAACCAUAUGAGAAUCGCCCAACUCUUGUUCUAAAGUAUACAUCUGAAUAUAUUGCGUCUUCUGCAACAAAAAUACCGUUGCCUACUGUUCGUCAGGUAUUCGAGGCUGAGGGACUGAAGCUAGCAAUGAAGCUGCAGCCUGCAGAUUCCAUUGUCAGUCCACCACAAGUUCACUACUUCGACGAAGUUUCGCACGUCAUUAUCAUGGAAGAUUGCGGUGAAGACAGCAUUACGCUUAAACAGUUAAUGAUCAACGAAACGCUGCCGAGAACACUGGCAGAUGAGAUAGGAGCAGCGCUAGGAGAGUUUUUGGGUCGCAUUCAUGAUGGAAAUAAAAGCCCAAACUUCGACCUUGGACUCCUCAAAGACUAUCAGUUAGGGAAGGCGAUUUCUGGGAGUCUGACUUACGGAUGCUUGAUUUCUACCAUCACUGGCAAAGACAACUUAUCUGCACUGUCAGACCCGGUCUUGCCAAUUCCUCAGGAGAAACUGGACAUCAUAUCGGACCUGGCCCCCACGAAGAUAGAUGCUAUUAACAAUGCCAGCGAGAUAUUCACUCAAGGCGAUUUCUGGCCUGGAAAUAUCAUGGUUUCGCUCGAUCGUGAUGCUGCAAUCCCUCGCUUAAAGCGAAUGUAUAUAUUGGAUUGGGAGGUAGCAAAAGCAGGGCUUCCCGGUAUGGACGUGGGACAGAUGUGUGCUGAACUGUAUCUCCUUCAGCGAUGCUACGCACACAGCGCAGAGCCCGCAGCAUGGGUUUUGAAGUCGUUCCUGGAAGUUUACCGUCGCAGAUGUGCUGUGGACGUUACCACUGCGCAAACUGCCAUUGUACACGUCGGAGCUCAUCUUGUGGCUUGGACACCACGUAUUGCGUGGGGGAAUAAAGAAAAGACGAGGGAGCUGGUAGAAGAAGGUAUUGAAUUGUUGGUCGCAGGGUCCAAAAGUGAUGAGGCAUGGCUCGGAACAUCGUUGAUAAGACCUUUGUUACUUGUAGACUAGAUUGUAUGAGAAACCUUUUUGGUCAAAAUAUGGCAAAAGGGACUCUCAUAACUUUCAGCUGAAAAUCUAACAAAACAGAUUAUUAGUAUGCGUA